GAGUUUGCAGGUUGAAUGAAUUUCUGAUAGCGUGAUUGAGAGUGAUGGACGCAGGCCUCUAAAUUAACAGCAAAAAGGAUGUACACAUUUUACCAACUACUUGCUUUGCAGCUCCUAAUCUGUCACUCUUUUUCUCUCUCUUAGCUCUCCUUUUUCACACUCUUUUUAACUCUCUACAAGACGAUCUAUUUCUACUUGUGGAAAUGUGUGAGUCUUGAGAGCUCCAAUAACAGAAACUCUCCUUCAGAUCUCUCUUUUUUCAGGUGAGCUCCAGGGAACUGUACCAACAAAAUCAUGGGCUCUAAGCAUAACCCAUCUGGCAACAGGACGCGAAGCCCAGUGUCUAUAUUCAUUGUGAUUGGUUUGUGCUGUUUCUUUUACAUAUUGGGAGCAUGGCAGAGAAGUGGUUUUGGAAAGGGAGAUAGCAUAGCCUUGGAAAUAACCAAGCAAACAGACUGCAAUAUCAUUUCCAAUUUGAACUUCGAAACUCAUCACAAUAAUGUUGACAUUAUUGAACCCUCUCAACUAAAAGUGGAAGUAUUUAAGCCUUGUGAUGAUAAAUACACUGACUAUACUCCUUGCCAAGAACAAGACCGAGCAAUGAAAUUCCCGAGGGAGAAUAUGAUAUACAGAGAAAGACAUUGCCCUGAGGAAGAGGAAAAAUUGCAUUGUCUUAUUCCAGCACCCAAAGGGUAUAAGACUCCAUUUCCAUGGCCAAAAGGCCGUGAUUAUGUUCACUAUGCUAAUGUUCCUCAUAAAAGCCUGACAGUUGAGAAAGCUGUCCAGAACUGGGUGCAAUUUCAGGGAGAUGUAUUCAAAUUUCCUGGUGGAGGAACAAUGUUCCCUCAAGGGGCAGAUGCAUACAUCGACGAACUUGCUUCAGUUAUCCCGAUUGCUGAUGGCUCUGUCAGAACAGCAUUGGAUACUGGUUGUGGGGUUGCAAGCUGGGGUGCAUACCUGCUAAAGCGAAAUGUUUUGCCUAUGUCAUUUGCACCACGGGACAAUCAUGAAGCGCAAGUACAGUUUGCAUUGGAGCGAGGUGUACCUGCCAUAAUUGGUGUUCUUGGAAGUAUACGCCUGCCUUACCCAGCAAGAGCCUUUGAUAUGGCUCAGUGCUCUCGAUGUUUGAUACCAUGGACAUCAAAUGAUGGGAUGUACCUAAUGGAAGUUGAUAGAGUUCUGAGACCUGGUGGAUACUGGAUUUUAUCUGGCCCUCCAAUUAAUUGGAAGACUUACUACAAAACAUGGAAACGGAGUAAGGAAGAACUGCAGGCUGAGCAAAGAACCAUUGAAGAGAUGGCUGAACAACUUUGCUGGAAGAAGGUAUAUGAGAAGGGAGAUCUUGCCAUCUUUAGAAAGAAAAUAAAUGCCAAAUCCUGCCGAAGGAAGUCUGCCAAUGUAUGUGAAUCCAAAGAUGCUGAUGAUGUCUGGUAUAAGAAAAUGGAAACAUGUGUAACCCCUUACCCUGAGGUUACCAGUGCAAAUGAAGUGGCUGGUGGGGAACUGAAGAAGUUUCCAGCAAGGCUUUUUGCUAUCCCUCCUCGCAUAGCUGCUGGACUUGUUGAAGGGGUCACAGUUGAAUCUUACGAAGAGGACAGCAAACUAUGGAAAAAGCAUGUAAAUACUUACAAGAGGAUCAAUAAAUUACUUGGCACAACAAGAUACAGGAACAUAAUGGAUAUGAAUGCAGGCCUUGGUGGUUUUGCUGCAGCUCUUGAAUCACCAAAAUCAUGGGUGAUGAAUGUUGUGCCUACUAUCGCCAAGAACACUUUAGGUGUUAUUUACGAGAGAGGCCUGAUUGGUAUAUAUCAUGACUGGUGUGAAGGCUUUUCUACUUACCCGAGGACAUACGAUUUCAUCCAUGCCAGUGGUGUAUUCAGCUUGUACCAGAACAUGUGCAAACUGGAAGACAUCCUUCUGGAGAUGGAUAGGAUCUUGCGGCCAGAAGGAGCAGUCAUGUUCCGUGAUGAAGUAGAUGUCCUCAUCAAGGUGAAGAAGAUCGCCAAAGGCAUGCGAUGGGAUACCCACAUGAUGGAUCAUGAGGAUGGACCCCUGGUGCCAGAAAAGAUACUAGUUGUUGUCAAACAGUACUGGGUGGGAGGUGGAGACAACAGCACAUCUGCAGACUGAAUAGGCCUCACCAUUAAUUGGGGUGAAGAUUAAAGCAAGGUUAUCACACCAAAAUGGAGAUUACUUUGCAGUGGGGUGGAAACUUUUUUAGAGUUGAUAUUCCUGGAAAACAACACGGGCACAUGCUUUAAGCUAUUUAAUGUAGAGGAUAUAUGUAAAAUUGUGUUAUUGGAAUGUGAUUCUGGAAGUAGAAAUGGAGAACCAAGAUUUGUGUAGCCAUGAAAUAAUUAGAACACUGUUAGAGUGAUGAUGUUAAGUUGCUCUCAAGUCUCAAACCCAAAUUGUCCAGUUGUAGUCCUUGGGUUAAGCCUAUUGGGCCCAAUAUUUUGCCAUCCAUUAAGCUUUUGCUGGUGAAAAGAAUGAAUUAUUUUCAAUA